CUGAGGCCUUGCCUCUCGGCUUCUCCCAGAACGAAAGGGGCGGGGGUGGGGGGUAACCUCUUUACUCCCCCCAGGAUAGACAGAAAGAAGUGAUGAAGAAGGGGGAUGGGUAAGGAAGAGAAAAAUACCUGAGAAAGAAAACAUUCUCUGCCUGGGAGGAGACUGACGGGGUGUAGAGCUUGGAGGGAGCAUUCACUGGCCAUGCCAGUACUUACCACUGAUGCUGAGUCAGAAACAGGUAUCCCAAAAUCCCUUUCCAAUGAGCCUCCCUCAGAAACCAUGGAGGAAAUAGAGCACACAUGCCCACAGCCUCGACUGACUCUGACUGCUCCUGCCCCAUUUGCAGACGAAGUCAGCUGCCAGUGCCAAGCGCCCCAUGAAAAACUGACCAUUGCUCAGGCCCGCCUAGGAACACCAGUUGACAGACCCGUCAGAGUAUAUGCCGAUGGGAUAUUUGACCUCUUCCACUCAGGCCACGCAAGGGCACUUAUGCAAGCAAAAACACUGUUUCCCAACAGCUACUUAUUAGUAGGAGUUUGCAGUGACGACCUUACCCACAAAUUCAAAGGUUUUACCGUCAUGAAUGAAGCAGAGCGAUACGAGGCUCUCAGACACUGUCGCUAUGUGGACGAAGUCAUCAGAGAUGCUCCAUGGACACUCACACCAGAGUUUUUGGAAAAACACAAGAUUGACUUUGUGGCCCAUGAUGACAUUCCGUACUCAUCUGCUGGCUCAGAUGAUGUUUACAAGCACAUAAAGGAAGCAGGAAUGUUCGUUCCAACGCAGAGAACGGAAGGCAUCUCAACAUCAGAUAUCAUCACCAGAAUUGUCCGAGACUAUGAUGUGUAUGCCCGUCGCAACCUCCAGAGAGGGUACACAGCAAAGGAACUGAAUGUCAGCUUCAUAAAUGAGAAGAAAUACCGCUUUCAAAACCAGGUAGACAAGAUGAAAGAAAAGGUUAAGAAUGUGGAGGAAAGAUCGAAGGAAUUUGUUAACAGAGUGGAAGAAAAGAGUCAUGAUCUAAUUCAAAAGUGGGAAGAGAAGUCAAGGGAAUUCAUUGGCAACUUCUUAGAACUGUUUGGGCCAGAUGGAGCAUGGAAGCAGAUGUUCCAGGAGAGGAGUAGCCGGAUGCUUCAGGCCCUGUCCCCGAAGCAGAGCCCCGUGAGCAGCCCCACCAGGAGCCGGUCCCCUUCCCGCUCCCCGUCGCCCACCUUCUCCUGGCUCCCAGUCAAAACCUCACCCCCCUCCUCGCCCAAAGCAGCCUCAGCCUCCAUCAGCAGCUUGAGCGAGGGGGAUGAGGAUGAGAAGUAAAGGCUGCUGACAGACACAGGAGCCACACCACACAGGCUGGGGAGGACGGCGGGGACACUGGGGGUGCCUGGGUGGUGGGUGUAUGAAAGGUUAAGAGUUGCAGGAGCUACAGCUUAGCAGGGAGAACCUGGGAAGGUCUGGAGACUUCAGUCUCCACUCAGCCCAACACCUGGGCCCUGCAUGGAGGUUUCCAGCUGGACAACCUAUAAACUUCAUUAGCAUCAUGUAGAAUUGCUGUACUUUAACCUUGCUAAGGAACGAUGCAGAGCACCCCGGGAGACUUGCACCCCAUGGGGUGCAUCCUGCUUUGGUCUUUACACCUACCCCCACCAAGUGCACCACGUGUGGAAGCGGCUGUUCCCUCAACCCGCUACUUCCGGUUCUUAAGGGCCCUGCACGUUGCCCCCUGCCACCGCAGCUCUGCCAGAAUUCACCUGUCCCCAAUAGAGACAGUUGCGUCCAAGGCAAAUGCCAACCUUCUCAGUUCAGCCACUGAGACCCAGCGUUGUAAUGCAUCUGUUCUUUCCUGUCCCAGAAAUGAGAGCGCCACGGACGGCCUGAUGUGCUCCUGGUGGUACUUUCGCACCAUCGCAUUGACUUCAUUGCUUUUCCCUGUCACCAUCAUCUGUGGGAAAUGCAAUAAAGAACAACACUGUCUCGGAAAGGCCAGUGGAGCUGCUCUGCCUUGGCUUCCCCCAUUUCUGACCAGUUAGCCGUUUCAUGGACCUCAAGUAACAGUUUGAUGUACCAAACUACGUAGUAUACCAAUAGGGGGUGCUACCUGCAUGUGUCUGUUCUCAAACAUGCCACCCAGGGUGCAGACCAUAUACAACCCGAGAAUAGACUCCUCUCCUGCUCUCAUUCUCACAACCCCGGUGAAAUCCUCGGUCUCCAGGCCUCUCUGGUUCCCUUGUGACUUGGGCACUUCGACAGCAGUUCAUCCUGGGGCCCUGUAGAAAUGUCUGGACCAGCCAGGAAAUCCAGGUGCUGGUCUCCUGGCUUCCCAUCAGAGUUUGGAGUGAAGGGAGGCUCUGAAAGAGUUUCACGGAGCACUGUGGGAACUUAAGUUCUGAGCUCAGCCUUGCAGUGAUCCAGGGAGUAUUAUACUCACCCCUGGCCUUAGGUUUGACAAACGGGAUGCCGACCCUAAGCAUUCCUGCUGAGUUAUUUGAAGUCACUAUCCCCACAUCCCAGAGAGGGAGUGAGCAGGUAGAGUCCAGGCGUAGAACUGCAUGCUGGGGUAGAAAAGGCAUUGCCAGGCUCUCCCAGUAAAGCCAGAGACAGAGGCCUGAAUCAGCAACUGGCAGGCAGAGCCCAACAUCUUGUGACACAAACACCCCUCUUCAGAGGCCUUGGGGACUGGCUUUGUGGGUGACAAGGGGGGCAAGCAGUGAAGGAAGGUGGAUGUCUUUCCCCCUUGUGUUGGGGUUGAACUACCUCCCUGCUUACCAUGAAGCUAAGCUGGCUUGAAACCUCCUUGUUCUUGGCCUUUCCCCCAAGAACUCUGUCGAGCGCUCAUGUGGGACAGAGAGCUGUCAGGACCAUGGCCUGGGGGGAGAAAUUUCCUUUUUGCAGUCAAGGCCUAGAGACCGAGGAGGUCUCUCUCUUCAGUGAUGCACUCAGGGCAAACUGGGCACGCGUGCUUACUGCUUCAGUUGGGCGACACUCACAGCCAGGAAGAGAAGACGAGUGAGGCGAGACAAGGUGGUGAGAAACAGGGGAAGAGAAAAGAGGUGCCUGGAGAGAGGCCCAGGGCAGAUAGACCCACUUUUACCCGAAUCCUUCUCUGGAGCACAUAGUGUGGGAUUGAUGUAUCGGGCUGAUUAGAAGUUUGCAGGCCUCAUAUCCCCUACGGACAGGUGCCACUUACGUGACUCAGAUUCAGUGCCAUCAUAGCUGCCAAUUAUGGGAAAUGCCCCAUGCUUGAGAUAUUCCAGAGAUGGGCCAAAAUGAUCCCCAAGUGGAUUCUAAAUCUCAACGAAUGUCCCUCUCCUGACCGCUAGCAACAACACCUAAGGUGACAAGACUACUGAGAAGGGACGGGGGACGGGGAUUCUGAAAUCUAACAGUUGAUGCUUUGCGGCCAUCAGUUUCUUUCAGCCUCUCCCCUUCCCAGGACGAGAAGGGGUGGUUCUGUUUGGGCCAGUCAGUCAACAGCAAUGGCCAACAGUGAGCCGGGACUGCAGUGAGGGAUGUCCAAAGCAUGAUGCAAGCUUGAGGAGGUCAGCAGAAAUGACCAAAAGCAAGGAAGGAUUCUUUUUUUAAAAAUAUAUUUUAUUGAUUUUUUACAGAGAGGAAGGGAUAGGGAUAGAGAGUUAGAAACAUCGAUGAGAGAGAAACAUCUAUCAGCUGCCUCCUGCACACCCCCUACUGGGGAUGUGCCUGCAACCAAGGUACAUGCCCUUGACUGGAAUCGAACCCGGGACCCUUCAGUCCGCAGGCCGACGCUCUAUCCACUGAGCCAAACCGGUCAGGGCAAGGAAGGAUUCUUUUGCUCCAGAAAGGGAAGGAUGCUUCGGACGGAGGACAAGAGCACACCACUUGGGGUUGUGGAAGGGGACAGGUUCAGUGAAGGAGGGUGAGAAUGAGAGAGUAGUUCCUCUCCACUCACUGUCAAGUGUUACACCCCCACUAAUAGGUGGAGAAAGUAGGCUUUCUUUCAUGGACACCCAAAGUCAACGAGUACCCAUGGGGGGUGUGGGUACCCCAGCCCCCUUGCCUCCCCAUGUCAGGACUUCUCCAUUAGCCACUACACCCUCCUCCUGGGAACCCUGAAAUCAGAUGUCCACCGUUCCACCAGCUAAACACACGGGGGACUUGUAAUGCCGGGGUCACCGCGAAUGGCUGUUUGUGGGAAGCCAGCUCCCGUGUACCAGGGCCUUACAAAGGUAAAGGGAAUCAACCCAAGACUGAAGUUCUACCUUCUGACCUGCUCGGUGGAGAAGAGACCCAGCUGCGGGCUUGCAAUCUUGCUCCACGCCUUAGGCCAUAGUUCCUGUCAGUCCAGCCAUCCCUGGAGGGAGGGACAGAAAGAGCGUGGGUUUGCUUUUUCUCCAUCUUCAGGCCUCAUCUGCGCACCCAGCCGAACCCUAGGGCAAGACACAAGAUGGAGAAGCAGACGCAGCUGAGUCAGAUGAGCCCCAACAGAGCAGAGGCAUUCCUGUGCCUGGGGGACCCGUUUGGCACCAGUCUCGGCCAUAAACUCAUAAAGCGUUUGCACCUUCUCCUCUUGAGACUUGAGAUUUUUGUUGCGUCAUAGCAAUGUGUUCCGGGACAAAGCCAUAAGGAGCAUACAUACUGUAGACUAUGCUGUACAUAUUAGACAAGAUGACGAUGACUAUGUGGGUUCAAGGCUGACCUUAUGCCCAAGCAUUUGCUCUGGUGCUGAAUCAUGCAAACUACUGGAAUCAGCCCUCAAACCUACCCCAACCCUUUCGCUCCCGCUCCCAGUCCACUCCUGCUCCCAAACGGAACACAGCAUUCCCCACCUGUUUCUAAAUAAAGGGAUACAG